AGGUUGCCAAUUACUACAGUAUAUAAUCUGCGCGUGCGUUUGAGGUUGGCCGAUAUCUCUGAUUCUCUGCCGCAGCUCCGUAAUAACGGCAGCAACAAGGUGUACUAACUCGAACCUCCGGUCAUCCUCGUGAAUUCCUGUUUCAGAAGUGUAAAAAUGGUGUUAACUGUUGGAGAUGGUCUUAACGCUCUGGAGCACCUUUUGCUGUACCGUUUCAACAACAGGAAGCUUCUGGAGGAAGCUCUUACCCACUCUUCUUUCACAGACUCCUCCUCUUACCAGCGUCUGGAAUUCCUGGGUGACAUGGCUUUAGGGCUGGCCAUCUCCAACUUCGUCUACUUGUCCUAUCCCGAGCUUGACCCCGGCCAACUCUCUCUUCUUAGGUCAGCCAAUGUCAGCACCGAGAAGCUCGCUAGGGUAGCUGUCCGUCACAGCCUCUACAGAUAUGUCCGCCACAAUGCCCCUUCUCUUGAAGAAAAGGUGAAGGAGUUUGUGCUAGUGGUCCAAGAAGAAGACGAGACCGAAUUCUAUGGCGGAGCAAUCAAAGCACCGAAAAUUCUCGCAGACAUCGUUGAGUCUAUAGCAGCUGCUGUAUAUGUUGACGUUGGGUUCGAUUUGAAGGAGUUUUGGAAGGUCUUUAGAGGCUUAUUGGAGCCAAUAAUCACCCCUGAUGUGCUGCAAAACCAACCUCAGCCUGUGACAAUGCUAUUUGAGCAUUGCCAAAAAGUUGGAAAAUGUCUUGAUAUAAGACACAAGAAGAUUGGACAGAACAAUAUUGCAAGCAUCUACAUCGAUGGAGAACACCUAGUCUCUUCAUCUUCAGAGCAAAAGGAAAAUGCGAGGCUUCAUGCCGCAAAGGCUGCACUACAGAAGCUGGCUUAUAAAGUGGAAAAAAUUAACUUUGAGUUCGAUGAGACGAAGGGCAAUGAUGGAGCAAAGCAAAAGUUGUAUGAACUUUGUGGGAAAAAAAAAUGGUCGAAACCUACUUACAGUGUUGAGAAGGAGAUAGGCCCAUCACACGACAAGAACUUUGUCUGCUCAGUUGAAGUAGGUAGCAGUGAUGGCUUAGCUAUUACGGUUGGUAAUAAGAGGUCUCGGGUGCUCUUUGCUCUCGGAAACAAAAAGUUGCGGAUCAGAGAUGCAGAGAACUCAGCCGCGUAUUCCAUGUUAUGUGCUCUCAAAGAUGCAAAUGUCAUAUGAUUCUCGUUUGCUUCUUCUUAUGGACUCCGGUGAAAUUAGCUUCACGUGGAGUUGCUCUUCCAACCGUCUAGAUGAAAUUUGAAAUUCAAUUGAUGUUCAGAUUUCAUCUCGACGGAGGGCGGAAUAACUCGACGUGAUGUUCACUCCACUGGAUUAGAUUUUGUUAAUUUAGAAACUGAGUAGCUUAGUUUAAGUGAGAUCUUAGGUGAAACAUGGUGCAUUUUAAAAUCUGGCACAUGGUGACUCAUUGCUGGUUGAAGCAUUCUUCGUGGCUGCAUCUUCCUUUGUAUUUUAUUUUUGGAAUGAAAAUACCAUGUUAUCUCAAGGUUUGGUACGUUGCCAUUUGCACGCACAGCUUUCUGAAAUAGACGUUAAUUUUGAGUUAUAAAGAUAUAUAAAGAGUAAAG